AACCCACACUUCCACAACUCAGCAAAUCAUCACCACUCCCUCCAAUUUCAAGACAAGGUCCAUCCACACAAGCAAGACUUAUUUUAGUUAUUGGUGCCCCUGGUAGUGGAAAAGGUACACAAUGUCAAAAACUACAAGAAAGAUAUGGAUAUGUACACAUUUCUGCCGGGGAACUGUUGAGGUGCAAGAUAUCUGAGGAAGGUGCUCCAAGUGAAAAAUGGGGAAUGUUAGCACAAUUACUGUCACAAGGAGAAAUGGCACCACAAGAAGAAACAUUUGAACUAUUAAAGAAUAAGAUAAAUGAGUGUAAAAGCAGCCUUGGCAUUGCUAUUGAAGGAUUCCCUCGUAAUAUGGAACAAAAGGAACUAUUAGAGAGAGAG